GUCAUCAAAGAAGUCUGGGGAAAGAUUAAUAAUCAAGCAAAUGCAGCGCCGAGGAGGAGCGGGGAUCAAUGCAAAGGAGGCCAGUAUUAAUUUAACUCCGUUCAAUUAGGCUUUCUGCCCACAGAAAAAAAUGCAAAAUGGUUUCUGAACUUAAGAAUCUCGAACUUCAUUACUUUUCCUUGCUUAAAGGUUCUCCCAUAAUGGGCCGCGGUGAAUAUGUUCGCUUAUUACUCAUUGAUGCUGGUCUUGACUUUAAAUAUGUUAGGCACACUUUUGAUGAAUGGAAGGUGCUAAAGCAACAAUUAAUCGAACAACAAAAUGCUGGCAUCCCUACUAUGCCCUUCAUGUACAUCGAUGGUAAAUACUACAGCAAGACUGUUCCCUUAAUGCGUUUUAUUGCUCGUAAACUUGGUCAAUACGAAGGCAAGGAUGAUGACGAAAAUCAAUUGUUGGACGCUUAUAGCGACAUGAUUAUGGAUUGGGCUACUGCAUGGGCUAUCGCUACUUUCCGUGGCACUGACGAACAACGCGAAAAUUACAAGACAACCACAAGCCCUGAAAAAUACGAAACUUGGGAGACUAUUUUAUCUAAUAAGAAAGGCCCCUAUGUUCUUGGUGAAAGGAUCACUUACGUCGAUUUCCUUUUAUUUCACGUGCUUGAGGACGAUGAUCAUGUUGAUGCUUUAAAACACCCAAACUUGAGCAAAUUUGUUGAAGCUAUGAAGAAUAGACCCAACCUUAAACCCUAUUUAGCUACUGAUAGAAAGUAAUAUUGUAAUUUCCAUUAACAAUAUUCUUAAAUAAAAUACGGUGGCAAAUUUUUUUAAACGCAAAUCAAACAAACUUUAACACAUAUUAAAGUUAGUCUACAAUUGUUUGCUUUCAUUUUUGGCAGUCUGAUCUCCAAUAAUAUUGUUUUAAAUGCCGAAAGCAUAACUUGAUUUGUGAGAAAAAGUGGGGCAAUUCCUUCCAUGAGGCUU